GUUACGUCUCAGCCGGGCGGAAGAGCCGCGGGAGCUCUCGCUACUGUUUUUACUUCCGCCCGGCAGUACGUGGGAGGAACAGAAGCCGCUGUUGCUGCUUCUCCCUGCCUGAGAGAUGCUGAGAGCCGGUCGAGAACCGCUGAAUGGGGAAGCAGCAAGCAUGAACUCAGAUUCUAAAGAGCAAGAUUUGAUACAUGAAGAGUUCACUUACAUUUCUGGAGUCCCAACACAGAUUCUCAAGUGUGGCCCUUGGGAAGAUCUCUGGAAUGAUAAAAGUGCACCCAGACUUCUAUUUCUCAUUAUCCCUGGUAAUCCAGGAUUACCUGGCUUUUACCGGACAUUCAUUGAGGCUUUAUAUUUUAACCUGAAUCAGCAGUAUCCUGUAUGGAUCGUAAGCCAUGGUGGACACUGUAAAAUUCCUCAUGAAAUCAAAAGAAAGGAAGAGAUGGUUUCGAAUGACACCGAUGAUGUUUUUGGGCUUCAAGGACAAGUUGAACACAAGUUGAAAUUCCUCCGAAAGUAUGUGCCAAAAGAUGUCAAGCUCAUACUUAUUGGACACUCAAUUGGCAGUUAUAUUGCUCUUAAAAUUAUGAAGCAGUCACCAGAACUGGAGAUUCUCCGCAGCAUCCUGCUCUUCCCUACGAUAGAACGCAUGGCACAAUCCCCACAUGGCAAGCUCCUGACUCCCCUGUUCUGUCAUCUCCGUUAUAUUUUAUACAUACCUAUAUAUUUGUUCACCCUUUUACCAGAAAGAGUCAAAAGCUUCUUGGUCCCCUUUGCACUGAAUGAUGAAACUGCAGUAACGACAGUGGUGGACAUGCUUAACAUGGAUUGUAUUGCAAACAUCAUAUACCUGGCAAGCCAAGAAAUGAGAAAUGUUCUAGAGCGAGACAAUUCUACAAUAAAGCAACAUUUAAAUAAGCUCAUUUUUUACUAUGGAUCAACUGACUCAUGGUGUCCUCUGCAGUACUGUGAAGAGAUGAAGAUGGCGUUUCCAGACGGAGAUAUUCGAAUCUGUGAGAAAGGAAUCAGCCAUUCUUUUGUCUUGGAUUCCAGCAAAGAAAUGGCUGAAAUGAUAACAGGCUGGAUACAGGAUGAUCUCGCCAAGCUAUGAUAAAGACAGAGUAGAGCAGAGCAGGAGGAAUUAGCUGUAUUGUUGCCAUGUAAUCUUCCUUGAUAGAUUAUGCUUUGAUCUGUCUGUGCAAUUAUGGUUUGCUUUUUUCUGGAAACUCUGGUGUUAACCUGAUGGCUCAUAUUACAUUCCUGUUGACAGGUUUCUAACAAAUACCCAAGGUAAGGUUGUAAACACAUGGGGAUGACUGUAUCAAACCAGAGCCCUGGAUUCCUUUAGGCCAGUGUCAGCCUCCCUCUACAAACAGUGACUACCUGUUGAGGUAACUCACAGGAUUGUCGUAACAAAAAAAAAAAAGAGAGAGAGAGAGAUCCCCUCCCCUCCAUGUGCCAUCUUGAUUUUCCAAAUGUAUGAAUUAAUGGGCCAUUAAUUCUGUGUCUAGCUAGCACAAUGCCUCUAGCAGGAUUGUAUGAAUUAUUGCAUCAGGUGUUUAGAUCUUCUGACAUAUAAGUUUGUUUAUCAACACCAUUCAUUCUGCCACAACAUUGUAGUAGUAUUGCACCCAUAAUUGUGUCCCAUACUGUUGUUGAAGUGGUUAGGGUUAGAACUGACUGUCACUCAUCAUUGGGGGAAAAUAGCAUCUAAUUUAGGGUGAUGAUAUUAGAAUAGCAAAUCACUACAAAAUUGUUGUUAUUGCUUAAAUUAAUUUCAACAUCCAUUGUAAUGGAAGACAUAUAUCUGGUGUGCAGAAAAAGAACUAUGUUGCUCACAAGCAGAACCAACAAUGAAUUAAUAAGCUAUAUACUUCUUACAAAUAAUCCUAGACCUAUGACCACAAAUGAGACCAGAAUUUCACUUGCUAAGCAGAAUCAUCACAUAAUUUUGUGACCAGUUUUACCAGUUGUUAAGCAAUUUCAGGGGUUUGCAACAUGGCCACUUAACAUGGUUGUUAAGUGAAUCACAUACAGGUGUUAAGCAAAUUUUGCUUCUCCAACUGAAGUUGCUUUUCAGAAAACUGCUGAGAAGAUCACAAAUUGCGAUCAUCUUGACCAGUGGACACUGCACCAGUAGUAAACAUGAGACUGUUGCCAACUUCCCAAAUUGCAAUCACGUGAUAUGGAAGUGGUAUGAUGGUUUUGUGAGGACAGGUCAUAAAUCACUUUUUCCACGGCUGUCAUAACUUUCAGCUAUUGUUAAAUGAAAGGUUGGUAUCUGUAUAAUACUAUCUGUAUUGAGAAAGAUCUAAGUACAUUGGUUAGAGCAGUGGUCCCCAACCCCCGGUUCGCGGACCGGUGCCGGGCCGUGGAGUACCUGGCACCGGGCCGUGCAGCGGCCGGGGGACAUGAACGCUGCAGCGCAAAGGCUCCUGGGCCGUGUGCAAAAGCUCCUGGGCCGUGCGCAAAAGCUCCUGGGCCGUGCGCAAAGGCUCCAGGGAAGAGAGCCCCGCGCAGGUACGCACGUGUGGCCCAAAGCCCCCACCCCUGCGCGCGCUCAGCGGGCCACGGUAAAAUUAUCAAAGGCUGAUUGGUCCGCGGCGAUAAAAAGGUUGGGGACCACUGGGUUAGAGGUAUGCAAAUACCUAAUGAAGUAUCCACUUCAUUAGGGGCCUUUGAUACCUCAAUACCCAGCCUGUGGAAUUGUAUUUUUUCUAUAUGAACAACCUUUUGUCUCAGAUAGUGGGAAUAAUUGCUGAGUUACAAGUAGUCCUUGACUUACGACCGGUUGCUUAGUGCUUAUCUAUGAUUCAAAAUUACGACUUACCUGAAAACAUGGAGGUGUAACCUACUUCUGUGGUUCCAACGGUUGCCCCUCUUGUGGUCAUGUGACUGCACUUCAGGCACUUGCAGCAUGGCCACAUUUAUGUCAUGUGACCACAUUUUAUCACUGUUGUGCCAAAACCUGGAGGUUACCGAAGUGUGUGUUCUCCACCAUAGAAAGCAAUGAGUUUGAUUAACAAUCACCAUAUUUACUUAGCAACUACCAUAUUUGAUUAACAACUGCCACAAAAAAGGCCAUAAAACAGUGAUGAGCAGGUUCCAUUAUGGUCAUAUGUCAAGGACUGCUGUACAUGUUAUUUUAGAACAGACAGAACUUGGAUGACAUACUCCUUUUAUUAAUUUUUUUCUAAAGAAAUAGUCACUGCUGGGUAUGGAAUAAUUCCCUCCCUACCUCUUUUUUUUUAUUUUUCGUGAUUUCUGACAAAUCACAAAAACAAAAGCAAGUAUAUUAAUGCCCGUACUUUGGGAAUUUGGGAGAAAAAGAGAUUUGGGAUUGCCUGCGCACCGUAAACUGAUCCCGAACUACUCUUGUCUACCCAAUUAUUUAAUGCCGCAUCCUGUGCUAAAUGCCAUGUUUUGUAUACUUGUCAUUGUCUCCCUAACCUUGACCACUACCUAAGCUAAGGUAGCCCUGUGAUUGUGAGGGGAGACUAAUGGAAAAUUGUGCACAUAGACAUGCAGUGCAUCUGACUUCUUUUUUGUUUCCCGCCCACCCUGAAAAAAAGCCCAGGGCACAACUGGAUUUCGUUCUUGGAAGAAGCCCAAUUUCCAACAGCACCACUAUCUGCUGCUGGCCAAGAUGGGAAAGGAAAGAAGCGGGGGGGGAGGGGGGAAGAGAAGCUGUUUGUCACUUGGUUCACAUUUUUGCAAACUUAGGAGUUGUGUUUGGAUGAUCGGCUUGGCUGGUUCUGUGCUAUGCGAUCCCCCCCACCCCACCCCCAGGAAAACUCCGAGCAGGUAGCAGACAACAAAGAGAGUGGCCAUCUUGGCAGGAAGCCCAGGCAUUGCUAAGGUACCUGGAAGGGUCUCCCUGUCUGCUGUGUGAUAAUGGUGGGUUGGUGGUGGUGGUUUUAAUCACAGGGGAAAGGAUUCCUCUGUUGAUUAAAGCCAUUGCAGGCAAGAUGGGCACAAGGUUUAACCAGCUCCAUGCCCUUCUCAGCAGGCUUCAUCCCCACCCUUCUGGAUGCAGGGAGUAAAAAGAAAAAGGAUUACUGGGGGGACUGGCCUAUCUAAAGCAUUCAUCUUAAUUUAGCCUCAGGGUCAGCAGCAGAAAGAAAAGGAAAGUUCCAUAUUCCUUGCAGGUUUUUGUAAUGGUGGAAGUUAGUUUAAUCCAAACCAACCCUGAGGACAUUUCAUAGGACAACUAACAUUAUCUGGCCCCACUAUUGCCUGGGGUUAGCAUAUCAAUAUAAAUCUAUCCCCACCCCACUCCUCCAGUAGGUGUGUAUAAACAGAGCCACAAGGUAUUUGCCCCAGGACUUCCACAGGAUAUCAGGUUGAACUGUUUUAAAACUUCAGUAGGUGUAUUAAAUGUUCUGGCCUAUGUAUGCUUAUAUAUUACUUCGGCAGAUAUUAAUAUUACUGGGAAUCCAAGUGGCAUAAGCAUGACUAGCAUUGUAUCUAACAUUUAAGGAUGGUUUUUGGAGUGUAAAAAACUAUUCUGUAUGGAUAUUAUAUUUAUAUAACUCGGUUGUUUGUACACCGUUUUAUUCCGUGGUCUCAUUAAAUCCUGGUGUUUUGUAGAUCUUAAAAAAACAUAUUCCUACAAUACUUUUGUGUGUAAGAUGUGGUCACUCAGAGGAAUAUUUAUAAUCUGGUAGUAACAAUGUUGCCUGCCAAAAGGAAAACUCAGUUUUUUAAACAUUCAAUAUUUAAUUGAAAACACCCAGCACUGACCAUAGGACACUUUCAUGCAGUGAAGUUUGAUCCAUCUGUAACCAUGACAGCCUAUUUUCAGAAUAUGAUGCUUAUUAAUUUUGCUGCUCUUUUCAUUAUCUGGUCAUCUCAAUAAUCUUAUCUUGGAAUUAUUGCAGUAUUUCUCAAUACUGUUCUAAUCAUAGGGAUUCAUUGCCUGCUUUUACUUGAAACUUAAAAUGUUUGUGCUCACUAGUCGUUUACACAUGGGCAUAUAGGAUUGUGAUAAACUAAUUUUGUAAACUAUAAUUGCUUAAUGCAAAAUACUAGUUUAUUUUAGGAGUUGUUGUUCAACCUUCUUCUUGCUUUCUGCGUUUGAAAGAUUCCUUUGAUCUGUUUUCAGAAUGCUCUUAUCCCAAUGGCACAAAACUGAAACUGAUAAGUGAUGAAUAAACAUUCUUUAACAACA